GUCAGAGUUCAAUUUUUUAAGAACAUCUUUGAAAAUAUGUAGUUUGGGUUGUGGUAUUAUGACGGUUUUCAAAUGUCGAACGUUUUUGUAAACGUUGAAAUUCUUGUUGUCUGGCAGGGCGAAGCAAUCGAUAAACGAUAUGUGUUGUCAUUGACGGAAGGUUGGGGCCACCAUUUAGUCAUGGCGUUGUUAAAACAAAGUUGUGUUGUCGCUGGUCGUUUCACAUGUAAUCAUCUUUUUCUCCAGUCUAGAUGUAUCGAUGCGUCACAUAUUUACACUAGUGGCUUGACCACUGCCGCGAAGGCGGCUCCCACGACGAAGGAUCGCAAGAAGGAAUUAAGUGAAGACGGGCCUGAUCUACAGGACUUUAUCUCAGGUGAACUUUCAGACAAGGACCAAUGGGAAGAGUACCGUGGCAACUUGAAGCGCCAGAAAGGAGAGAGGCUGAGACUGCCCCCCUGGCUGAAGACAGAGAUCCCUAUUGGCAAAAACUUCAACAAACUCAAGAACACACUGAGAGACCUGAAUUUGCAUACGGUGUGUGAGGAGGCGAGAUGUCCAAACAUUGGGGAAUGCUGGGGAGGAGGAGAGCAUGGUACAGCUACUGCCACAAUCAUGUUGAUGGGGGACACAUGCACGCGAGGAUGCCGAUUUUGUUCUGUGAAGACCGCACGCAAGCCUCCCCCACUGGACCCCAAUGAGCCCGUGAAUACAGCAACAGCCAUCGCUGCCUGGGGGCUGGACUAUGUAGUCUUGACCUCAGUGGACCGGGAUGACUUACUUGAUGGAGGGGCAGAACAUUUUGCCCAAACAGUGAUAAACCUGAAGCAGAGGAGCCCGACCCUAUUGGUGGAAUGCCUGACUCCUGAUUUCCGUGGAGACUUGAGUGCUGUGGAGAAGCUCGCCCUGUCAGGGCUGGAUGUGUACGCCCAUAAUGUGGAGACCGUGCGAGAGUUGCAGAAGUUUGUACGUGACCCUCGGGCCAACAUUGACCAGUCUCUGGCUGUCCUACGCCAUGCCAAGGCAGUGAAUACCACUAUCCUCACUAAGACCUCCAUCAUGCUGGGACUGGGGGAGACUGAUGCACAGAUAUACUCAACCAUGAAAGAGUUGCGUGACAAUGGAGUAGACUGUCUGACUCUGGGUCAGUAUAUGCAGCCAACUAAACGCCACCUGAAGGUGCAGGAGUAUGUCACUCCAGAGCGUUUUGCCCACUGGGAAAAGGUGGGGAAAGAAUUGGGCUUUGUCUACACAGCUAGUGGUCCGCUUGUGCGUUCUUCUUAUAAAGCAGGUGAAUUCUUCCUGAAGAAUCUUCUGGAAAAGAGGAAGGCUGCUACACCCGAAUAAACCUUACUACUUCAGAUGUUUAUCCAUCCCAUCUCCUUUGCAGUUAUAUCUAAUAACUACUACAAUCACUUAAUCCACACAUAAUCCAUACAUAAUCUUGGGGAAAGGACCAAAAGAGAAGGACUGCAAACACAGGCUUGUGUCACUAUUCAGAUCUGCACAGGAUACAUAUUUCAUUUGUUCAUUUUCUCACGCUUAAGUUCAUUUAAGUUUAAUAAAUGCUCUCAUAGUGAGAGUAUGAAAUUAUCAUUGUAGCUGCUUUAUAAAGAGUUUGUAAAAUAUGGAUAUGAAUACAAAUAAAGCUAUGAACAAGA